AUGUACCAACGAACGUUCCAAGACGCAUUAUACGCACUCAAUCAUUCCCUUCAAUCUAAUGCUGCAACUGUAGCAGCUGCAAAAGCAUCAGGGCCCAAGGCGGAGCUCGCGAUACAAGAAACUCUGCGUGAUUUGCGCCGAAUUGGGUAUCAGCCAGAAGAUCUCAACAAGCUAAAUGUUAUCCAUGUAACGGGAACAAAAGGAAAGGGUUCAACAUGUGCCUUUUGUUAUUCGCUCUUGCGCAAGGCAGCACCCCACUUGAAGAUAGUUUCAGUUCGUGAACGUAUUCAGAUUGAUGGUAAACCUAUAUCCGAAGAUGAUUUUGCGCGUUUCUUCUUCGAAGUUUGGGAUCGCCUAGAGGCAACAAAAGAUCAAGGCGACCCCGAAAAACCUAUGCCAAUGUACUUCAAGAUGCUUACUUUGAUCGCGUACCAUGCUUACCUUUCUCUCGGGGUCGACGCUACUAUCUUGGAGGUCGGAAUUGGUGGUCGAUUUGAUACAACCAACGUUGUACCCAACCCAAUUGUAACAGGUAUCACUUCUUUGGGUCUUGAUCAUACCUCUGUUCUCGGAAAAACCUUGCCUGAAAUCGCGUGGCAGAAAGCUGGGAUAUACAAGGUGGAAUGGCGUACCUGCGUAUACCGUAACCAACCUCCAGACUCUUUAGAAGUGAUCAAGCAGGAAGCCGAAAAAGUACAGGCAUCGGAGUUUCACGUUGUCGACACGGUUCCAGAAAUGUCUGAAAUUAAACUUGGGCUUGCUGGUGUUCAUCAGCGACAGAACGCAUCACUUGCCAUGCACCUCGUACAUCGUUUCUUACAAUUACAAUGUCCAACGAUCAAGUUGCCCGAUUCAUUAACUCCUAUCCCCGAAGUUUAUGCGACUGGCUUCAGGGAAGCGAGGUGGGCAGGCCGUUGUCAACGGAUCACAGACCCAUCGAAAGAGGGCUUGGAGUGGUUGCUUGAUGGGGCCCACACAUCGAGAGUUUGA